UCUGGGACUGUCCUUCCAUACAGCGGUUGAAACAUUGUAUGUAUUUGUUUCCAUAAAUGGAUCCAUUUAUGGAAACAAAUACAUACAAUGUUUCAACCGCUGCAUGAAGGACAGUCCCAGAACUGUCAUUAAUAGUCUAAUUCUGACAGUUCCAUGACAUUCCCUCCAUACAGCGGUUAAAACAGCUGUAUGGAGUGAAUGUCCCAGAUCUAUCAGAAAUAGACUAUUUAUGACAGUUCUGGGACAUUCACAUGCAUACAGCUGUUUUUAACCGCUGUUGUCCUUUCUUCUCAUCCUUCUCCUUCUUCUCAUCCCUUCUUCUCAUCCUUCUUCUCAUCCUUCUCCUUCUUCUCAUCCUUCUCCUUUCUCUCAUCCUUCUCCUUCUGCUCAUCCUUCUUCUCAUCCUUCUCCUUCUUCUC